AUGGAUGAAUACGAUAGAAUGUACAAUGAGGACGAAAACACGAGCGUUUUCAAUUGGCUUCAGAAAGAUCAUACCAGUUACAAGCCAAAAAUCUGUGCGGUUUAUAACCCAGAAGCGGAGCAUGAUUACAAUCUGAUUUACCGACCGGCGAAAGCUGCUGAGAAUUCCACAUUUAUCAGGGAGAUUGCACUGGCUCCCCUCGAGCGGGAAAAAUUACCUUCAAAUGUAGGAAAGUUCAAUGGAUUGUCAGAUCCUGAUGAUCACCUGCGCGUAUUCACCAGCGCGGGGCUAAUCGGCGGAUGGACACUACCUAUGUGGUGUCACUUGUUUGUCCAAACCCUUACAGGCGCCGCACGCCUUUGGUUUGACAAUCUACCAGUAGGGAAGUUAACAUCCUGGGUUGAUCUUAAGGAGAAAUUUCUGGUUCAUUUCAGUCAGCAGUGCCGAUCUAUUCGAGAUUCCGCCGAUGUCAUGAACAUCUGGCGGAGGGACGGCGAAAGUUUGGAGGAUUUCAUCACGCGAUAUAACAAGGAAGUGUUGGAGAUUGGUGAUGUGCAUGAACACCUAAUCCACGCACAAUUUAAAUAUGCGGUGAGAUGCGAUGACAUGAUCAUGGUGUUGUCGGGAACUGAAGGUUUGCCGAAGAGCUGGGAGAAGUUAAUGGCAGCCGCCAAGGUUUAUGCUCAGACUGAGCGCAAUUUAAGCUCCAACAGACCACCACUGCCCCAGAACCGUCCUCAAGACAUGAGCGAAAGCAGUGGUCGGAAGUUCAAGAAAAGCUGGAAAGAUUCAACUUCAAGUGCAUACUCUUCAGAUGAUGCCCGCGCAACAAUCAACAAGAUCACAGCUCAAAAGGAAGUCAAGCAAGAAAACCGCGAAAGACAAUGGACGCCUCUCACCAAGACACCUGCGGAGGUGCUUAGCACCGAAAAUUACCAGUUCAAAACACCCCCGCAGAUGAAAAACAAGAGGGGACAAGAUCCAAACCUCUACUGUGAGUAUCACAAAGAUAAUGGUCACGCCACGGACAACUGUAUCAGUCUGCGCACUGAAAUAGAAAAACCACUCAAGAGCGGAGAGCUUACCCACCUAGUUCAGAACGUGCGCAAAGAAAUCAAGCAGAUCACCCGUGGAGACGAAGGGCUAAGCAACAAAAAAGCUAAGCAAACCUAA